CACUCACAAGAAAUGUUUCAACUAGCCUCCUAGCUGAAAUGUUUGCCAAAACAAUUCUACCAAUUUCUCUCUUUGCUAGUAUUAUUUUGAAACAGCCCCAGAAACGAUAUUACCCUCUGUAAACAUCCUUGCAACCCUUUGCUCAUCAGAUAUCCAGUCAUUACGUAACAAAAUGAGUUGAAACAGUGGCAGGGUUUCUGCAGACACUCUUUCAGCUUUGUGUUGUGCUGUUCAGGGACCCUGUUGGAGCAAGUGCCGGUGGUGCUUCCCAUGUACAUGAAAGAGGUGCGACUGGUCCUGGCCGAGGGAUUGGAGGGAGAGAACGAGGAGCAGUGGGAAGCAAUCUGCAGCGCUUACAAUGAGAGGAUCAGGGAGCUGGGACACAUGGAUCACUUCAUCUUCCAAGGUAUUACUCUGCUUGAGAAUAAGGAGUUGAUCGCUCCUCAGAACCUGUAUGCAGAAAUUGAGCCCAUUUACAUGGACUUGAAAAAGCAGGGGGAUGCCUUUAGUCUCUACUGUUCUCUGGAUAAGCCAGUCUCUCCCCCCGAAGUCCCAGCCUGGCCACUUACCUUAAAGCCACAAAUCCCUGCCAAGCCCCAACCCUUCCCCAAACCCAGCAGCCCCUUCCAGGAACCCAUCAGCCCCCUCCAGGAACCCAUCAGCACCCUCCAGGAACCUGAGCUCAGCACCUACCGCAGCCUGGCAGAGGUGCCCCAGGAUCUGCACUCACUCAGCAUAAGGGAGGUGUGUGACUGCCUCCUGCUGUUGAAUCUGGGGAGCUACACACAGGCCUUUCUCCAGGAGCAGAUAGACGGGGACUUGCUGUAUGAGCUUGACCACAUACACAUGAGGGACACUCUGGGUAUGAGCAGCCUGCACAUCACCAAGCUGCUUCGCUUCAGACAAGGCUGGAGGCCCCGGGUGGAGUCGGACGCAAAGGUUUAAAUGACUCACAUCCGCAACUGAAACAUAUCUUUGAGUUUUUUUAGUUAGUGUGCAAAUGAAAUCACUUGCAUGUUCAUGUAGACACCCACACACACUGUACUGGUAAGUAUCUAGCGGUGCGUAUCUGAAGUGAUCUUUCACUGUGAUCUUUAUGGGCGUUGCAGAUACUGUUUUAUUUCUAUCUGCCUCUUCCAUCUGUAGAGUGGAGUUAUCUUUCUUGGACCAUGUUAUUUCACAGCAAAUCAUAUUUAAUACUACAUCAUUUUUAUCAUUAACAGCCACAAAACUAUGACCAUUAGAAAUGUUACGUACAUAAAUUGAGGACAUUUUGAUUUUCAGGCUUUUAGAUACAGUAUGUAGAUUUGUUCUCAUUAUAUCACGGUAGAUUUUUUUAAAUAACAGAGAUUUCAUUAAGUUUUAUUUAUUUUAUUUAUUUAUUUUUUUAAACUUGGUUCUGGAUGUUCUAUACUGAGGUUUACUUCUGAUGUUUUUCAAAGGGCAUAUAUUAAGCUGGGAUUGUGUGGUCACUAUGACAGCGUGUUAUGGGAAUUCAAUCCAGCUUCCUCAUUUAAUCUUUCUUUAACGUUUCUUCAAAUCUCAAAUCUCUCUGUGAAACCUAUGAUAAUGCUGUUAUGUUUUUUAUAAAGACGAUCGUCGCACUCACAAACAGCUUCGAUGGCUUUAAUUGGCUUGAGGUGAGUAAAGCUCAUUCCUGUCAUGACCUGGGGCUGUCACCCCACUUAUGCUCAGCCUUCAAAAGAAUUUGCGGUGGGCCAAGCAAGCGCCCUUCUCCAGAUAAUCCUCUUUCUUCAGCCAAAGAGAUUGGAAUCCUUUUAGGGAGGUCAGGAUGGUGCCCCCAACCCAGGCUGAGAUCUUCCUGUGGGGGGCAGCGAGCACCUUGACCUUGUUGUUGCCUGGGUUGGAGGUGUGGAGCUCAGCCUGGAUGCGCUCAGGGCAGCUUGGAGGUGCCCCCCGCACACUAGCACCAAGGGCCAGUACAUGGGCCCCACCUUCUGCAGGCUGUCCGUCGCCAUGGCGUGGAUGCCCGGGCUCUCGCAGCCGAGGAUGCUGGGAGUGAACAUGAUCUCCGGAGCACGGAACCGCUCUCUGCCGAGAGUGAUCACCUGACCGUCAGGGAGGCGGUAGUCCAUCGCGAAGUUGCGUACUUCAGAUAAGAGUUCCUUUCUGUAGUCAUACACAAGAGCAGAAGAGCAGGAGACCCUUUAGAAAUAGGACAAUGUUCGCAUUCUACCCUAAUAUGACAGCAGCAGCUCUUUUAAUUGGUUUGUGUUGAACCUUGAGAUACAGAAUUAUCCUGUAGUGAAAUGGCCCGGCUCUGUACAAUGAAGCUGUGAGCUAUUUGAGGGGAAGUUCUGUUAGUGUCUGUUGACAACUUCCCUACAACUUUACAAACAAGUAAAAAAAGGGGGAAACUAGCAUAAUCAUAAUACAAUGGUAAUGAGGCAGCCUGUAGGCACAGCAACUAGUCAUUGUUACUGUGUCACCUCAGCAAUCAACCUCUUGUAAGACAGUAUUUAUAUGUUUCUUUUGUUUGUUUUUCUGUUUUAAUCUGAUCUGUUUUCAUUGUCUUUUUGUUGUUUUUAUUUGAUAUGAUAAUGUUGCUGUCCGCCCACAAGAGUGCUUCCAUAGGAUAGACUAUCUGAUGCAUCCCAAAGAACUCCCCGGUAUGAAUAAAUAUAAACAGUUCUUUCUUUUUUUUUUUUAAUGAAAUAACUAAAAUGCGUGUAUCAGCA